AUGUCGGCGACUCUCCGACGCUUCAUCCUCAUCUCCUCGGUAAAACGCACCCAGAAUCUAUCUCCCCCAUGCCUUUUAUCUGCCGUGAGUCGCCUAUCUCUAUAUUUCUCUUCCGUCUCAUCUUCGUUUCCAUCGCAUCCGCCGGAAUCACACGCCUCCCCUUCCCGGAUUCGAACCCGAACUCCACUCGAAUCUCAAUUCGAGACAUGGAUCCAGAAUCUGAAACCAGGCUUCACUAACUCAGAUGUAGUGGCGGCGUUGCGUGCGCAAUCCGAUCCGGAUCUAGCCUUCGACAUUUUCCGUUGGACAGCUCAGCAACGAGGCUACAAACACAACCACGAGGCUUACCACACUAUGAUCAAACAAGCAAUCACCGGAAAACGAAACAAAUUCGCCGAAACCCUAAUCGAAGAAGUCGUCGCCGGCGCUUGCGAAAUGAGCGUCCCUCUCUACAAUUGCAUCAUCCGAUUCUGCUGUGGCCGUAAGUUCCUGUUCAAUCGAGCUUUCGACGUUUACAACAAAAUGCUUCGAUCAGAUAACUCAAAGCCUGACCUCGAAACCUAUACUUUGCUUCUAAGCUCGCUGCUCAAGAGAUUCAACAAAUUGAAUGUUUGCUAUGUGUAUCUUCACGCAGUUAGAUCGCUCACUAAGCAGAUGAAAUCAUCUGGAGUGAUUCCAGAUACGUUUGUGUUGAACAUGAUAAUCAAAGCUUAUGCAAAGUGUCUUGAGGUAGAUGAAGCUGUAAGGGUGUUCCGUGAGAUGGCUCUGUAUGGUUCUGAGCCAAAUGCUUAUACUUACAGUUACUUAACGAAAGGGCUUUGUGAGAAAGGAAAGCUUGAACAGGGUUUAGGGUUUUACAAGGAGAUGAGGAACAAAGGAAUGGUUCCUAGUGGGAGCUGUUACAUGGUUUUGAUCUGUAGUCUCGCCAUGGAAAGGAGAUUGAGUGAAGCUGUCGAGGUUUUGUAUGAUAUGUUGGCGAAUUCGUUGUCUCCGGAUAUGUUGACUUAUAAUACGGUUUUGGCCGAGUUGUGUAGAGAAGGUAGAGGUAAUGAUGCUCUUGAGCUUCUUGAGGAAUGGAAGAAGAAGGACCCGGUGAUGGGUGAAAGGAAUUACAGAACAUUGAUGGACGAGGUGUAUUUUUUGAACAAGGGAUGA